UUUAGGUAUAUUUAAAUUGCGAUUACUCACCACAUAUUCCCAGCAAUAUACAUGUAUACAUAUUACUAUACGUUAUAACACAUUCACUAUGUUGUCAUGUGCUUAUAACCAUACGGUAUUAUUUCAGAGAACUGUUGAUUGAAUCACGACAUGAAGUGGGGGACAAGGACAGCAACUUGAAUAACAUUGAAGGAAGGAGAAUUUGCGACAUACGUCAUGUCAUUACUAAAGCCAGACAGUUGGAGAAGCACAAUUUGGAAUGCAAAGCUCGCAUUAAAGGAUAUUUUACUUAUACAGGGGAAAAACGCAUCGGCUUGAGAAGUGUGUUACAUUUCAAGUGUACUUCCUGUGAUGCCAGGACAUCUAUUGAUACUGAUCCCAGUGACACAGUAAACACUGCAGCAACAUGGGGUACAGUAAUGAGUGGAAAAGGACAUGCAGUAAUAGAACAAUUAUUUUCUCUGAUGGAGAUUCCACCAGCAAGCAGCUCAACGUUCAUGAAAGAAGAACGGGAAAUCGGAAAAGUAUGGUUCGAAUCGUUGACAGAGGCUAUGGAACAAGCUGCAAAAGAAGAGCAUCUACAUGCCUUAGAAGAAGGUCACGUUGACGACGAUGGCAUACCUUACAUAACUGUUAUAGUAGAUGGAGGAUGGAGCCAUCGUUCGUACGGUCACAGCUACAAUGCUAAGUCAGGCGUAGCUAUAAUUAUAGGUAAAAAAACAGGUAAAAUGUUAUUUCUAGGAAUUCGGAACAAAUAUUGCAGUAUCUGCUCUUUGAGUGAAAAAAGAAACGAACAACCUACCAAACAGAUCUGCUACAAAAACUGGUCUAGUUGUUCAUCAGCCAUGGAGAGUGAUAUACUAGUGGAAGGUUUCAAAGCCAGCGAAGAAACCCAUGGUCUACGGUAUUUUAAAUACAUUGGUGAUGGUGAUUCCUCUGUCCAAAAGUCUAUAGUAGAACGUGUGCCGUAUGGUUUGAAAGUUGUCAAAAUUGAGUGCACAAACCAUCUGCUAAAAAAUUUGUACAAACACUUACUGAAGCUCUCCAAAGAAAACUCUGGGAACAAGAAAAUUUUAACUCCAGCCAGAAUGAAGCACAUCCAAAAUAGAAUACGUCAUCUCAUAACCGAAGAAUCUCGGAAAGAUUGUCCAAGCGUCAGCUCUCUAAAGAAUGACAUACGAGCUACUAUAGAGCAUGUUUUUGGCAACCAUGGCAACUGCAGAAUUCAAAAUUGCCCGAAAGCCAACAUUACUUCCAUCACUGAUUUGGACACAGCGCCUGGUAACUUAGCGGCCAGAAUUAUUUCAAUUAUAGGAAAUCUGGCAGCAAAAAGUGACAGCCUUGUGGAAAAUUUGACGAGUAAUGCAGCAGAAACUUACAUGCAUCUUGCAGCAAGAUUUAAUGAUGGCAAACAGAGUUUCUUUGGCAGACGUGGUUCGUUCAAUACCAGGUGCUAUGGAGCUGGCCUUAGUUUUCAGCACGGUCCCGCGUGGCUCCACACAGUUUGGAAAAAGAAGGUAACCUUUGUGGCAUAGCUUUAUGUUUCAUUGUUUCAUUUAUGUACAAUACUUUUAACAGCAUGAGUUAAUAAUUUUAUGUUUUCAGGUUGGAAAAAGUCCAGGCCAAUGCGUAA